CUCUGCCCAGCACAAUUUGCAUUUCGCACGCAGAGAAGAGAAAAAAAAAGGGAAAAAGAAAAUGUACCAGGCGAUCCCGUACAACGCGAACCGGGCUUGGCCGGCGGCGAGCCGGCCGGCGACGGCGGCGGCGGCGCCGCCGCCGCCGCCGCCGCGUGGCGAGGAGGAGGAGGUGAGGAGGGCGGUGGCGGAGUGCCCGGUGGUGGUGGUGGGUCGGAGCGGGUGCUGCCUGAGCCACGUCGUGAAGCGGCUGCUGCAGGGGCUCGGGGUCAACCCGGCGGUGCACGAGGUCGCCGGCGAGGCCGAGCUCGCCGGGGUGGUCGCCGGCGGCGGCGGCGUCGCGCUGCCGGCGGUGUUCGUCGGCGGGAGGCUCCUCGGCGGGCUCGACCGGCUCAUGGCCGUGCACAUCUCCGGCGAGCUCGUGCCCAUUCUGAAGGAGGCCGGUGCACUCUGGCUCUGAAUCAACAACGCAGUAGCGAUCAAGCUGUUUUCCUUUUUUUUUUCUUUUUCUCUCCUAUUAGGUUCAAAUCAUCUGAUGCUUUUAGCUUCUUUUUUUUUUCAUGGCAUUAAUAAUGGUGUUGUAAUUAGAUAGGACGAAAAACUUGAAUUCUUUUAGGAUUUUAAUAAGGAUGAUUAGGAGAAGUGUGUGUCCGUUAACGCUACUGUACUUAAUUACCUUGUAACUAGUACCUAUACCUAUUUUCGACCAUGUAAAUACGAAUGGGAGAAAUGAAGAGAAAUAUUUGCGGUA